CCAUGAUGGCAGCCUCUAAAUGCUAGAGUUCACAUAUGGGGUGUCACCACUAACUAAUCAGGAGGUCUUAGACACAGGUUCAAAUGACUGGCUAGGGUCUUGGACAUGGGGAAAAGGCCUUUUAGGUGGUGGAAGUAUUCAUAGCAAAAAGGUUCCACAUUUUCCAAACACACAAUCACAGUCAAACAACCCUGCAUUUUCUUUCUGCUAUUCUGCAUUACUCAAUAUCUUAAGAGCACAAAAGCGAAGGAGGCAUAAUCAACAGCAUUUCCAAGCCAGACUGCUAAGAAACACUACUUACUGGGCAUUAUUCAGAUUUUUAGUAGUG